CAAUCCCACGCGACCGGAUGUGACAAACGCACGAGGGGAUUGUGGGAAGUCUAGCUGUCAGUGUCCGUCCUUGUGCUGUGCCUUUACCUCUUAGCUAAACAGAACACAGAAGUUUGCCAAAAUGUACAGACAGCUUAUGGGACUCCGACAGCUUUCCAGGCGGACCAUCUCGAGCAGUGCCCGCAGACAAAUUAAUAACACUGUGAAGGAAAAACAAAAACUGUUUCAGGAGGACAAUGGUAUGCCUAUCCAUCUGAAGGGUGGUUUAAAGGACGCUCUGCUGUACAGAGCCACAAUGACUCUCACUGUGUUUGGGAGUGGAUAUGUUGUGUAUGUGCUGUUUACGGCUGCAAUGCCCAAGAAGCCACAAUGAAAUGGGAUUGGCCAAUUGGGCUUUACCAUCUGAUGAAACAAUCAUGGACGUGUUGUGUGUAAAUCAACAACUCUGUUGUGCAGAUUAUUAAACUGGGAAAUUUGUCCUAUCAAUAAUAUCAGUAUUUUUAAUGUUUGAAAUAAAUAUUUAUUGAUUGUACAAAUCAUGAUCAGAAAAUAAAAAGAAAGAUUUAUCAGUCUCAUUGAA